AUGGCAGGCCACAAUCACAAUGUUCUUGCCCAGGACCCGGCGUUGGUGAAAUGGGCGGCAAUGGUUACCAACCGCCAUAAGUACUUUCGAUGGACCGGUCGAACGGCGUGGUUGACAUUUGUCUACGUUGCUGCUGUGCCGUCGAUUGUUUUAUAUCUUGGUUACAAGACAGACGGCAAAUACGAAAUGCGGGGCAAGCGACGAGGCGACAUUAUCUCUGAAUAUUAG